AUGAAGAUUUCGGCUGUCAUCCUCGCUUUGGUUUCCGUGGCUGCUGCUGUCAGCAUCAAGCUCAGCCCGGGCGGAGGUGGCGACAGUGAAAGGGUACACGGCAGGGCCGUCGAACAUGACAAGAACCCAGCCCUCGACCAUUAA